AUGACUCUUCAAAAUAUGCAAUUCCAGCAAGAGACUAGAGCUUCCAUUCAGAGCUUGACCAAUCAGAUGGGGCAGAUGGCUACUCAACUCAAUCAGGCACAAUCUCAAAAUUCAGAUAAGUUGCCUUCACAGACUGUGCAAAAUUCGAAAAAUGUGAGUGCCAUCACAUUAAGGUCAGGGAAACAUAUUGACAUACCCACUGCAGUACCUCCACCUCCAUCUGCACUUGUGCUAGUACCAAUUCCAGCAUCUGCACCUGAGCAAAAUGAUGAACCAGUUGGUGCCCGAAAUUUUCAUGUAGGUGGACCUUCUUCCAGCACCAAUUCUAAUUUGCAGCAGCCUCCUAUCCCUCUUCCAUUUCCUCCUAAAUUGAUUCCAAUCAAAAAGAUGGAAGAGGUGGAUAAGGAGAUAUUGGAGACCUUCAGAAAAGUAGAGGUGAACAUACCUUUGCUUGAUGCCAUCAAGCAAAUUCCCAGAUAUGCUAAGUUUCUGAAGGAGUUGUGCACUCAUAAGAGGAAAAUAAAGGGAAAUAAGAGAAUCAUCAUGGGCAAAAAUGUGUUUGCUUUGAUAGGUAAAUCUGUUAUGCACAUUCCUGAAAAAUGUAAGGACCCAGGUACUUUCUGCAUACCUUGUAUUAUUGGGAAUAACAAAUUUGAAAAUGCCAUGCUUGAUUUGGGUGUUUCUAUAAAUGUCAUGCCUCUGUCCAUUUUUAAAUCUUUGUCUCUUGGUCCUAUACAACCUACGGGUGUGGUGAUACAAUUGGCAAAUAGAAGUGUCUCCCACCCUACAGGUUUCAUUGAGGAUGUCUUAGUUCGGGUCGGUGAACUGAUUUUUCCUAUUGAUUUUUAUGUGCUUGAUAUGGAGGAGGGAUUCUCCCAUGGUUCUGUCCCAAUCAUUCUAGGGAGACCAUUUUUGAAAACAGCCUGGACUAAGACUGAUGUUUAUGCUGGCACCUUCUGCCUUUCAUGCAUUGAGUCUGAGUCUGAAUUUGAAUAUGAGUCUGAAUGUGAAACUGAUUAUGAGGCAUCUGAAUUUGACACUUUGGGUGUUGUUGAGGUACAGGCUGUGGAACCCCUUCUCCCUUCUUUGGUUCCUUCUGAUGUUCAGCCAUCACCCACACUAGAGUUGAAGCCUCUUCCAGAGAACCUCAAGAUACUCUUAGAGGAUGGAGCUAAACCAGUCAGACAGCCCCAGAGACAACUCAACCCUGUCAUUUUGGAUGUAGUGAAGAAGGAGGUGACCAAGCUUCUUCAAGCUGGGAUCAUUUAUCCAAUAUCAGAUAGUCAGUGGGUGAGUCUGGUCUAG